AACCACUACUCUGGGAAUCUUCAGGUCAUAACCACUUUUGCUCUCGUGCUGGAAACAUCGUAUCUUGACAAUUUAUUUACCAGCUCAUAAACCAAAACAUUGGAAAGGAAACAUGGCAGCCUUACUAGGAGAAAUCAACCACAUGCCUGGGAACAACAAUGACUUCUCGUAUGAGAUUUGGCCUGAUAUGGAGAGCUUUCUUCAAGAGAUCUGCCCUCCAACCAGCUUUGAGGAGCCAUCAUUUGCCCCAAGACUCGAGACCUGCUCACCAACCUCCACAGUGUUCUCUGGAGUAGGAAGCGAUGGUAGCACUUGCCUGUCACCGCCCCCAGUCUCGCCGCAGUCCGAUACAUUCGCCCAGGUCUAUGACGAGCUUCUCGACCUGGACUUCAUCAUCAACAACACAUCCGACCUGGAGGCAUUCAGUCCCGAAGCUUCACCAGAACCAGUUGCAGUUGUACCGCAGCAGCAGAUCAAGAUAAAGGAGGAAGCAUCAUCACCGCUUCCUGGUGCCACACCAUCAGACUGCAAUGGACAUUUUUAUGAUGAUACCCUGAACUUUAGCAAUGCCUUUGAAGCUAAGGUUGCACCACAGUUGAUCCAAAACCAGACACAGCAACAGCAGCAACAGAAGCAACAGUACCUCUUGACUGGCGAUCUUCACCACAUGCAGCAGCUGCACCAUCAGCAGCAGCAGCAGCAACAACAACACCAUCAGCAGCAGCAACAAUAUUUCCAGACCUACAACGUUCACCACCUCCAGAUGGCAUCGCAGCUGCAGCAACGCUCCGAGGCACAAUCCAUUCCCGAGCCACCACCUUACUCUCACCAACAUCUUGUCACAUCCCAGAUGACCAGGUUGGCCAUGCCACAGCAGCAACAGCUUCCCCAGCAACACAUGCUGCCAACACCACCCAACACACCACCAACCUCGCCACUCCUUGAUCUCCUCCGCAACACUCCAGUUGACACCACUGUCCCGACUUCAGUGCCCGCCACUCAGAUCGUCCGAAGGAAGGGAAGGCGAACAUGGGGUCGUAAGCGAACCACCACUCACACCUGCUCUCAUCCGGGAUGCGGGAAGACCUACACCAAGUCAUCUCAUCUCAAGGCUCACAUGCGCACCCACACCGGCGAGAAGCCUUACCACUGCAACUGGAAGGGAUGCGGAUGGAAGUUCGCCCGUUCAGAUGAACUCACCCGCCACUACCGAAAGCACACCGGUGACCGACCAUUCCAAUGCCACCUGUGUGAACGAGCCUUCUCCCGCUCUGACCAUCUUUCACUUCACAUGAAACGUCACAUGUGAAUGAAUGAACUGAACAAUAUUGGUUUAUUUAUUUCGCAGUGCGAACGCACCCGCAGACGAUAGUACAUCGAUCUGCUCGUGUCGAAUCUUGCAUACAGCGAAUUAUGUGUUUUUAUUACCGUUUUGUCAAAGAAAAUUGGCACAAAAAAGUUACACACAUUUUGUGUGGUUGUUUGAUAGGAUUUUUAUGUAUUUUUGUGACUUGAGAUCAGGUCUGGUUACUUUGAUCCGAAGAAUUUCAGGAAAUCUUUGAAAUGAAAUCCUUUUUUGUGACUUUGUAUGCUUUUUUGUCAAGUGCCUCUUAAUGUACAAAUGGUAUGCACAAUCGCUUAUGCGCAAUGCCGAAAGCAGCUUCGUCCGCCGAAGUUGCUCGAAGCGUGCCGAAGAGAUCCGAUCAAAGCCAAGUUAGGUUCGUGACGAUUCGCUCAGGUUGUUUCUCAAAGUCUUUGACAAUCUUGAACCUCUUGGCUGAUCGGUAACAGUUUAAGACCAAAUACGAUACUGUGUUGUCCACAUGAAACAUGGUCCGAUUACUUACAUCUUAGAUCGGUUUAAAUUCGUUCUGGUCAGAUUUUUUUGAGUGAAAACUCUGUAAAACAAUUUUCAAAUCGUGUAUAUUGAGUGCCUCACCCCAGUACUGUUAUUUGUAUUUGUCAUCGGUGAAAUCAACAGCAUUUAAACAAUAUCGUUUCGUUUUCACAGUGUAAGGCAUUUCAUGUUAAUGCACCAAUUGUUUCUUUGUAAAUACAAAUUUUAUAUGAAAAGGAAAUUGAUUGGCGUUGAUCGUCUCAAGAAAAAAAAUCUGAAAACUCAAAGACAACUUAUAUAUUCCAUUAUUUUAUGAUCGCGCGAAAUUGCCAAAAUUCUUAUUUUUAUCGUAUUUAAUUCAUGACAGAGAAAUGCGAGUCGUUUGAGUUUUCAGAUCAACUCUUAAAUUAUUCAAAAAACAUGCCUUAUCUUGCUCGCUUUUAUGUUACAUUGCAGUAUCUUCUACAACUCUGCGGGAUAAUAUCAUUUAGUUGACUGUAGUUAUGAGCAGGACUUUACAACAAAAAGUCAAGAUUCAAUCCUUAAAAAUGUUGAAUGUCACAUUCUGUUGAAGUAUGAUACAAUGAUCUUAAAAUUGUAUUGACUAACUUGUUAUGAACACCGCUGAUAAAAUGUUUAUUUCAUUCCGUCUGAGAAUCGACGUGAAAAAUAGUGAAUAAAACCCCAAUCUGAGGAGAAAA